AUGUCCUCGACGGGUGAUGCUUCCGGCGAGGAAUCCUCGUCCGAGUACGAUUCUCUGUCAGACGAGGAAUUCAUCAAGGAAGAAUCUGUCAGCCCAGAGCCCGAGAGCCCCAAGGAGUUCCCAAAGACGGGAUUCAAGCUUCUCGACCCAAACAUCAAGAUUGAAGAGGAGCGCUUUGCGUAUUAUGACUCGGGUAUCUUCUAUCACGUCCACAUCGGUGAUGUAUUGAACGACCGAUACCAAGUCAUCACAAAGCUUGGCUACGGCUCCGUGUCUACCACAUGGCUCGCAAAGGAUCUCAAAGAGCAUCGAUACGUCACGCUCAAGGUCUAUGUCCAUGGCGAGUCGAGCUCCGAGUUCAACUGCUACUAUCACCUGACCAGCAGCGGCCUUGUGUCUGAGAGUACUCAUCGUGGCCGACUCUCCAUUCGGAUCGCGGAAAGCCGCUUCCAGGUGUUUGGACCAAAAGGCGCGCACGACGUCUUUGUCCUGCUACCCUUGAGCCUCUGCGUGAGAGCUCUGCAGCUUCAGCUGGAGGACAGAUUAUUCCGCGAGGCGAUUGUCGUGAUGAUCUCUCAGUCGGUUCUUCACGCCCUCGACUACCUUCAUACUCAUGCCAAGGUCAUUCACUGCGACGUCCAUGGUGGCAACAUUCUGCUCAAGUUCAGCGACGACUCUGCCGUCUCGCUGUACGAGCAGGUCGAGUUCAACAGCCCAUCGCCAAGAAAGAUUUGCCCCGAUGGUCGUAUCAUCCACACGAGCCGUCAGAUCUACAACUCUCGGCCCACUGCCAUUCUUUGCGACUUUAGCAGCGCCCGGAUCUGCCGGCUCGACCAGCCCCAGACCGGCCUGCCGCCCAUGCCUGAGCAGUAUCGACCUCCCGAGGUGAUUCUCGGCAUGGAAUUCGGCUACAAGAUUGACAUGUGGUGCUUUGCUAUUGCAACCUUCCGCAUGCUCACAAACCGCUCCAUAUUUCCCCUCUACACCGAGGACGACCCUCUCAACGAGGCUCGGCACCUCGCCGCCAUGCAGGCGCUCAUGGGCCCCCCUCCCUUGAGCUUCUACCAAAAGAGCGAGAGGGCGCACCUCUACUGGGAUGACAACUGCGAGUGGGUCGGUCCCGUCGACCUCUUCCCCUCCACGUUCACCCUGGAGAGCAUGCUGCCCAGACCCCUGCAGGGCGAGAAGGCCGUCCUGUUCUUGGACUUUAUGAACAAGAUACUCCGCUGGGAGCCCGAGGAGCGCCUCGAUGCUGCUUCUGCUCUGAAGCACCCCUGGGCUCACCGCCACUCUACCGAGAACGGCCUUGUGCCCAUUGAGAACUGA